AUGCCAGAUAAUACCCGAGAUGAAGCUCCUGCCACUGGAGGCAGAAGAUCGUCUAGACCGAUGCCAUUGCCAGGCUCCCGAGGAGCUCCUAACUUUGACAAGGAAAAACCCAUUGAGCUGUUAAGAUUCAUUGACCAAAUGGAGGACUUGUUCACAGAGCAUGGUAUCGAUGAUGAUCAAGAAAAGAAGAAACAGUUAGGAAGGUAUACGGACCAGAUGACGGAAUUUGAAUGGCGAGCAUUUGACACCUUUGCUCCCGAAAUUGAAUACAAGGAGUUUAAACAGGCGUUGAUCGAUGACUAUCCAGAGGCAAAGAAUGCUGGAAAAGGAACACUAGCAAAUUUGAGAAAAAUUUGUAAUGACCAUCAGCGCAUUGAUAUUGAUGACAUUGUUGCACUUAAAAGCCUCACUAGAGGUUUCCGGGCAGAACAAAAAUUACUCUUGGUGCCACCUGCCUUGGAUGUCUAA